AUGUCUAGAAUCGCGACUCGUCUGCUCAGCGUCGCCCCACGCCCUCGCGUGCACGCACUCCCCCUCCUCCGCGCGCCUUACACCGGCGUCGCGGCCACCGUUACCCCCCGCAUCUCCCCUCUUUCCUCCCUCACAUCUCCCUCCCGUCCCGCCGCCGUUCCCCAGCCACCCGCAGGCCAGAGGUCGUUCGGCGCAUCCGCAUCCCAGGGCGUCCCGUUCCACUUCAAGCUCGCAGAUAUCGGCGAGGGUAUCACUCAGGUCGAGGUGAUCAAGUGGAAUGUUGAGGUUGGCGCCACUGUCGAGGAGUUUGACCCCCUGUGCGAGGUUCAGAGUGACAAGGCUGUCGUCGAGAUCACAGCACCCUACGCCGGUACAGUGUCGCAGCUCGGCCCUCCCGCCGGCGCCAUGCUCAAGGUCGGCAGCACGCUCUGCAUUCUCGACACCACUGAGGACCACGGACAGGAGCAGGAGGUCGAGGUCGCAGAGUACGUCGAGGAGGCUGCGCCUGAACCUACCCCCGCACCUACCCCCGCACCUGCCGCUCCCGCUCCCGCUGCCGCUGCUCCGUCGCAGGAGGCUUCGUCGAACGCUGCUGCUCCCAAGUUUGCACCAAAGGCCCACCCGCUCAGCGACACGGCAGUUCGCUUUGAGGGCGAGGCUAGCGUUCUCCCCCAGGCCCCCAAGCCCGUAUACGAAAUCCCCGACCACGUCGAGGCGCGCGUGGACGGCAACCUCGCCCGUGGACGCAGGGUUCUCACCUCGCCCGCUGUUCGCGCCCACGCUGGCCGCCUCGGUAUCGAGCUCGAGCACGUCACCCCCUCGGGACCUGGUGGCCGCGUGACCAAGGAGGACGUUGAGCGGUACGCCGCCUCGGGCUCUUCUUCCCCUGCCGCUGCCGCCCCUGUCGCCCCUGCCGCUGCUGCUCCUCGCGCCAAGGCUCCCGCGCCCAAGGCCGCCCCCGUCGCUGUCCACGCCGACCGCGGAGAGGCAACCGAGCGCAUGGAGAUGGGCCGUACCCGCAAGGUCAUGUACCGUGCCAUGGGAAGCAUGGGCGACGUCCCCCACUUUGGCUACCACCACACUCUGGACCUCACCAACCUCCUUCCCCUCAUGAAGGCUGCCAACGCAAAGGUCCCCGAGACCAAGGGAUACCUCGCCUCGGACGUGCCUCCUUCGUACGUCAACCCCGCGCCCCUCCCCGAGCGGACCAAGACGUCGGUCCUCGCCUUCCUGGUCAAGGCGAUGGCGCUCGCCCUCGAGGAGCACCCGAUCAUGCGUUCGCGUGUCAAGGAGGCAGACGAGCAGCGCUGGCUUGAAGUCUCGCGCGACGCCAACAUUGGCAUUGCAGUCUCGGACCCCAAGCUCGGCCUUCUCACCCCCUCCCUCUCGGGUCUUGACCCCUCGGCUCCAGUCUCGGCCGUCAACGACGCACUGAACGAGCUUCGUGCCCGCGCAGCCCGUCCCGGUCCUCUCCCUCACGUUACCAUCUCCUCUGUCGGGCCGCUUGGCGAGAGCGUGGCCGCCAACCCCGUCCUCCCGCUUGGUGGCGGUCUGGCGAUCGCGGCAGUCGGCCGCGCAGCAUGGCAGGUCGAGUGGGCGCUGCGGAACGGUAACGGACCCAGCCCCAGCUCUGUGUGGAACCUCGACCCAAGCCAGGUCGAGGCUGGCGGAACUAGGGCUGUCCUCAAGUGCCCCGUUAGCUGGAGUGGUGACCACCGUGUUCUUGAGGGGGCCGAGUUGAUCGCGUUCACCGAGACGUGGAAGCGGUUUGUUGAGCAGCCAUGGCUGUGGCUCGAGGUGUAA